AUGAGUCCGGGGGCCAAGGAAGCUUUCGGAAGAACAGGAUCAGUCAGCAUCUCUUCCGACGAUUCUUGGAGUCUUGAGAUGUUGAAAUCAGCUAAAUGUGGUGAGGUCUGCGACGAAAGAGAAAUUCAAGGAGUCGGGGCCCCUCACAUGAUCAACACGCACCCGACCCAGACGACCAUCAUCUCUGCUUUGUGUGAAAAAGAAGACCGCCAGCAAGAUAACAAGGUAGCAUACUCACCCGCAGGCUUCGACCGAGUCUUCCAGGGCAAUAGUUAUUCGGAGUGCGCAGCAGCCACUUCACAUGGAAUGAAAGUUUUAAAGGCGUCGUUGCUGCAACUACGCUCAAGAACCUUCAAAUGCUUUAGAAUAUCCUCUCAGCUUGCCUCGCCGGGACAUCCUAAUUCUUGUUCCUUCACCGAGGAGCCGGAUUACUACCAGGUAGGCGGCUUUCAUCGACCUUGGUUUUCAAACUGCCAGGUUCGAAGAUGGAAAAUUGCCUGUUACGGCCGUCAAAGUCAUUCCAACGUGCCUGUUUCAAAAGCAGAGAACUUCUAUAUCAUACUUAUCGAUUUUGGUGUAGCGUCCCUUACAAGCAUAUGGAUUAAUAUGGUAUUAACAUCGUGGAGAGAACGCCAUCUCUCGGAGUUAAUCCAAUCGCCAGCUCUGAAGGCCCCUGAAGUAAUAAUAGCUGUUCCCUGGGAUACCGCUGCAAUAAAAUGGCAACAGGUUAAGGUACUUAUUCAAGGCAUUGUCAUGUUUGCCAGAGAUGCGUUAUUGAGAGGGACCUGGACCGCUGAAGGCGACUACCUAGCAAGGAUCACCGAAAUUCUUGGACCCUUCCCGCCUCGGUUUAUAGAAGCGGGGGGCCGAAAAGCGCAUUUCUUUGACCCGAAAGAUGAGUCUAUGUAUAUGCCACAAUUGUGA